AGUCGCGCGCUUUACCACAUCUUGAACUUGGGAACGUGAAAAAAAGAAAUGGAAACAAAUUAAAAAUAAACGCAUUUCACAUUUAAAGCACGACGAUACACUAUUUGAAGAUGAAGUUGAUGUGGUUUAUCCACAGUUUACGUAAGAGCGUCUGAUAGAGAGCGCCUUCCCACAGACUCAGUCAAAUGCUGAGGCGCGUAACAGUCUGAGUGGAGGAUCGCAGGUAGGAGCGCGCAUUUCGCUCUUCACUCAGCACAUCGUGAUAAUACCUGGUUUCGCUGUGCUAUGUCUUCCGAAAUUUUGUUAGGAGAAGGGGAAGGACAGGAUGGGGAACAAGGCGACUGAGGGCGACAGUGUCGACUGAAAACACGAGCGCGCUAUGGAGAUGACCGCUCGCUUCGCGCACUUGGAGACCAUGGUGGACGGCAGAAACUGCGAUGGGCUUGUGAACCACAACGGGGAAACGACGGAGAUAAGAGUACCGCUGACCCACAUGGGGAAGAGAAUGAGUCCGAUUGAAGGGAUGAACCUUUACAGACUGCGCGACAGAAAGUUCCUGCUGGAGGACAAAAGGCGCCUGUGCGCGUGGGCACUGGGCACCGCGCUGUUGGGUAUUCUGCUGAUGGUGUUGCAUGCUGAGCUGUGCCCGGUAGUUUACCAGCCGGGAUCCAUAUAUGCCCUCUCCAUAAACGGUCUCAUUAGUUUCUCCACUGGUUGUCUGCUCAUUCUCAUCAUCGCCUUUCAUUAUAAAGACAUCAGACUUUUCAUCAUUGACCACAACCAGGUGGACUGGCGCAUUGCCAUGACCAGCAACCGGGUGCUUGGCAUCUCCCUGGAGCUUAUGGUCUGCGCCAUCCAUCCCGUGGCCAUCUACCUGAGGCCAGACGGGGAGGACAAACACGGGAGGAAACCGGAGCAGAAUUCGUCAACCCCACUGUGCUUGUCGUCCAGUCACAGAGAAGUCAUGCUGGAUGUGGAGCUGCUGCUGUCGGCCCUCAUGUUCUUGAGACUGUAUCUGGUGCACAGAGCUGUCCUGUUACACAGUAAAGUGCUCCUCAGCGCCUCGUACAGGAGCAUCGGCUCCCUCAACAACAUCAACUUCACCUUCCGCUUCGUGCUCAAGGUGUUAAUGAACAAAUAUCCAGCCCGAACGCUGCUGGUCUUCAUUAUGUUCUUCUGGCUCUCUGCAUCUUGGAUGCUGCGACUGUGUGAAAGGGAGAAGCAGGUAGACACAGGUGGCAUGGACACAGCACUGUGGCUCAUCGCCAUCACCUUCCUCACAGUGGGCUAUGGAGACGUGUCCCCUCACACCAGCUGCGGAAAGGUGGUGUGUCUCUUCACAGGCGUCAUGGGUGUGGCUUGUACUGCUAUGUUGGUAGCAGUCAUGACUAAGAAAUUGGCACUUAACAAAGGAGAGAAACAUGUGCAUUUCUUCAUGAUGGACAUUCAGAUCUCAAAGCGGAUCAGACACGCAGCAGCCAAUGUGCUGAGGGAAUGUUGGCUUCUGCAUCGCACCACCCAAACUAAAUACACCAGUGGAGAACAUCGACACCAUCAGAGGUGCCUGCUGGAGGCCAUCCGUGUAUUUCGUCAUUUGCGGUUGAAGCAGAGGAAGUUAAGAGACUAUGCCAGUGAAAUGGUGGAUCUCUCAAAGAUGCAGAUGAUCAUGUGUGAUCUGAGCGCAAACUGGAACAGCUCUUAUCACGAGCUGGAGCAGCGAAUCAUCUCCAUGGAGCAGAAGCUGGAUGAACUAGGACGCUCCUUCCAAAACACCUCCGAGCUGCUCACACAGGCGCUACAUCACCGCAGACUGGACUACAGGUGACCUGUGGCAUCUCUUUGCAAGGCUAAUAGUCUUCAUCCUCUGAGCACUCUACAGCCAAGCCACUUGGACUGAUGGAAGAUCUUUAUGACAUUUUAAGAAGAUCCAUUAAAACCACAGUUUUAUCGCGAACAGACGCUUUACCGUGCAUAUUUAAGAAUGUCUUUCUCAAUUCUACAAACAUGAACUUGGGUAAAGGUUUUUUGGUUACUUUAAAAGUUUGACCUCUGAUUUACUUUCACUUCAUCGAUUAUUUCAUAACCAUGAGAUGGAGAUUCUGGUGUUAUGCUAUGAAGCAAAUUUAGAUUUGUUGUAACACACAUCACACAGGCCUCAGUGUGAUUUAUAUUAUUGUGAAAGUCAUUUUUUUUUGUUUUUAUUAUCAGCCUAUAGUUUCUGUUUGUUGAUAAUAAUGGGGAAGUUAGUCAUUCCCAAUCCAAAUCUCGGAUAUUCAUCUCAGAAUUUUUGAAGUAUUAUUCAUUCUGAGCACCUUGAGUUGCGUCCACUGCAUAAAAACAUAUACCUGAGUAAUUAAUGGUUCAUUCCUCCGUGGCAACCCCUGAUAAAUCAGGGACUAAGUCGACAGAUAAUUUCAUAUCUCUAAUUUAAUACACGAUUUUCAAGAUAUUUCAUGAAAGUCUCCAUUAAACUCAAGUAUUCUUCAGUUUUUAAUAUGUACUUUAACACACACACAAUCCAACACACUGUCCUUCAGAGUGCCCUCCAUUUGAUAGCAUGCAUGAACAUCAAAGUUUGGAGUGAAGUGUAUGGAAACAAGAGCUGUGUGUGUAAGCCACACUCCACUGGGCUUAAGAGGCACACUAGCAACUGAUGCUAUAUGAUGUGUUUUUAAGCAUCAUUGUAGGCGCGCCAGUUUCCCAUGCCAGAAAUUGAACCAGGAGUUGAGAACAAAGGGGUUACAUACACAUAACCUACUCAUGAAUACCAAAUUAUACUUAGGGUUAAACUUAAUGGAAACUUCUUCAAAUGCAAGUUAGAUCAAUCAUAGUCAAUCACCAUAGUUGGGUCCCAAGGAUAAACCAGACUUCUCACAGCCUAUUCCCCUAGUACACUGUUAUUUUUAGAGCAACCCUUACUCAGGCAGAACCACCUGCACCCACAGAAACCCAAUAAAAAAUCUGGGAAUGACUUGAAUUUCCAUCAGCCCCUUUUACCUGACAGGGCAUCUGUCGACGACGGCAUGUGCCAGCUCUAAUUACACCAUGAAAAGGUUUUGUGAGUAAUGCUCUUCAAAAUACUGGUGUAAAGGAAAAAUCUUUAUUGCUGAAGUCUGUGUUUAAGUUAAGGGCUUAAAACAGAGGCUGUCAGACCUCUCUGUUAGCCCCUCCUGGUGGGCUAAAGUAUGUGUUACACAUUUGAAAAAGCUAAAAUUACAAUUUAGUCACCAUUACUCACCCUUAAAUGGUUCCUAACAUUUAGGGAGUUAUUUUUCUGUUGAA